CUUUCUCAGGGUCCCAGAUCAGUGCUGUCCCGCUGGCUAUGCUGCUGCGCCAUCACUUGCCCCUCCUGCUAGGCCGCGAAUGGGCAGCGACCUUUUCCUGCCCGUUGCUGAGUGCCAGCACCUUCCCAGCAUAUCCAGCGGGACAGGGGUGGUGCUGCAGGAGGAGCUUGGACAGGGUGAGGUCAAAAGAAAUUUCUGCAGACCCCUGCAGUCCUUCUUUGUCCUUCUCUUCUCAGUGCGGAACACAGAGACGGCAGCCAUGACGACCCACGUCACCCUAGAGGAUGCGCUGUCCAACGUGGACCUGCUGGAGGAGUUACCGCUCCCCGACCAGCAGCCAUGCAUUGAGCCUCCGCCGUCCUCCAUCAUGUACCAGGCUAACUUUGACACGAACUUCGAGGACAGGAAUGCAUUUGUCACGGGCAUUGCAAGGUACAUUGAGCAGGCAACGGUCCAUUCCAGCAUGAACGAGAUGCUGGAAGAAGGACACGAGUAUGCGGUCAUGCUGUACACCUGGCGCAGCUGCUCCCGGGCCAUCCCCCAGGUCAAGUGCAACGAGCAGCCCAACCGGGUGGAGAUCUAUGAGAAGACCGUGGAGGUGCUGGAGCCAGAGGUCACCAAGCUCAUGAAGUUCAUGUACUUCCAGCGCAAGGCCAUCGAGCGGUUCUGCAGCGAAGUGAAGCGGCUGUGCCACGCGGAGCGGAGGAAGGACUUCGUGUCGGAGGCCUACCUCCUGACGCUGGGCAAGUUCAUCAACAUGUUCGCUGUCCUGGAUGAGCUGAAGAACAUGAAGUGCAGUGUCAAGAACGACCACUCUGCCUAUAAGAGGGCAGCCCAGUUCCUCCGGAAGAUGGCAGACCCGCAGUCCAUCCAGGAGUCGCAGAACCUCUCCAUGUUCCUGGCAAACCACAACAGGAUCACCCAGUGUCUCCACCAGCAACUGGAGGUGGUCCCUGGCUACGAGGAGCUGUUGGCUGACAUUGUGAACAUCUGCGUGGAUUACUACGAGAACAGGAUGUACCUGACACCCAGCGAGAAGCACAUGCUCCUGAAGGUGAUGGGCUUCGGCCUCUAUCUGAUGGAUGGAAAUGUCAGUAACAUUUACAAACUGGAUGCCAAGAAGAGAAUCAACCUUAGCAAAAUUGAUAAGUUCUUUAAGCAGCUGCAGGUGGUGCCUCUUUUCGGCGACAUGCAGAUAGAGCUGGCCAGAUACAUUAAGACCAGUGCUCACUAUGAAGAGAACAAGUCCAAGUGGACGUGCACGCAGAGCAGCAUCAGCCCCCAGUACAACAUCUGCGAGCAGAUGGUGCAGAUCCGGGACGACCACAUUCGCUUCAUCUCCGAGCUGGCUCGCUACAGCAACAGUGAGGUGGUGACUGGAUCUGGGCUGGAUAGCCAGAAGUCGGACGAGGAGUACCGCGAACUGUUCGACCUGGCGUUGCGGGGCCUGCAGCUCCUGUCCAAGUGGAGUGCCCACGUCAUGGAGGUGUACUCUUGGAAGCUGGUGCACCCCACAGACAAGUUCUGCAACAAGGACUGCCCAGGCACAGCGGAGGAGUACGAGCGAGCCACGCGCUACAACUACACCAGUGAGGAGAAGUUCGCCUUCGUGGAGGUGAUCGCCAUGAUAAAGGGCCUGCAGGUGCUCAUGGGCCGGAUGGAGAGUGUCUUCAACCAGGCCAUCCGGAACACCAUCUACGCAGCCCUGCAGGACUUUGCCCAGGUGACCCUGCGGGAGCCCCUGAGACAGGCAGUACGCAAGAAGAAGAACGUCCUCAUCAGUGUCCUGCAGGCCAUUCGGAAGACCAUCUGUGACUGGGAGGGGGGCCGGGAGCCCCCCAAUGACCCAUGCUUGAGAGGAGAGAAGGACCCCAAAGGUGGCUUUGACAUCAAGGUGCCCCGGCGUGCCGUGGGGCCCUCCAGCACCCAGCUCUACAUGGUUCGCACCAUGCUCGAGUCACUCAUCGCAGACAAAAGUGGCUCCAAGAAGACCCUGAGAAGCAGCCUGGACGGCCCCAUCGUCCUGGCCAUUGAGGACUUCCACAAGCAGUCUUUCUUCUUCACGCAUCUGCUCAACAUCAGUGAAGCCCUGCAGCAGUGUUGCGACCUUUCCCAGCUCUGGUUCCGAGAGUUCUUCCUGGAGCUGACCAUGGGCCGGCGAAUCCAGUUCCCCAUUGAAAUGUCCAUGCCCUGGAUUCUAACCGACCACAUCCUGGAAACCAAAGAGCCUUCCAUGAUGGAGUACGUCCUGUACCCCUUGGACCUGUACAACGACAGCGCCUACUACGCUCUCACCAAGUUUAAGAAGCAGUUUCUCUAUGACGAGAUCGAAGCUGAGGUGAACCUGUGUUUCGAUCAGUUUGUCUACAAGCUGGCGGACCAGAUCUUUGCUUACUACAAAGCCAUGGCCGGCAGUGUCCUGUUGGAUAAACGUUUCCGAGCAGAAUGUAAGAAUUACGGAGUCAUCAUUCCGUAUCCGCCAUCCAACCGCUACGAAACGCUGCUGAAACAGAGGCAUGUCCAGCUGUUGGGUAGAUCCAUCGACUUGAACAGACUCAUCACCCAGCGCAUUUCUGCGGCUAUGUAUAAGUCCUUGGACCAGGCCAUCAGCCGCUUUGAGAGUGAAGACCUGACCUCCAUUGUGGAGCUUGAGUGGCUGCUGGAGAUUAACCGACUCACACAUCGGCUGCUCUGCAAGCAUAUGACACUGGACAGCUUCGAUGCCAUGUUCCGGGAGGCCAAUCACAAUGUGUCAGCCCCCUAUGGCCGCAUCACCCUGCAUGUAUUCUGGGAGCUGAACUUUGACUUCCUCCCCAACUACUGCUACAAUGGAUCCACAAACCGCUUUGUCCGAACUGCCAUUCCCUUCACCCAAGAACCACAGCGUGAUAAACCUGCCAAUGUCCAGCCUUAUUAUCUCUACGGCUCCAAGCCUCUCAACAUCGCCUACAGUCACAUCUACAGCUCCUACAGGAACUUCGUGGGACCCCCGCAUUUCAAGACUAUCUGCAGACUCUUGGGUUACCAGGGCAUUGCUGUGGUCAUGGAGGAGCUACUGAAGAUUGUGAAGAGCUUGCUCCAAGGGACCAUUCUGCAGUACGUGAAGACACUGAUCGAGGUGAUGCCCAAGAUCUGCCGCUUGCCCCGGCAUGAGUACGGCUCCCCAGGCAUCCUGGAGUUCUUCCAUCACCAGCUGAAGGACAUCAUCGAAUAUGCAGAGCUCAAAACCGAUGUGUUCCAGAGCCUGCGGGAGGUGGGCAAUGCCAUCCUGUUCUGCCUCCUCAUAGAGCAAGCUUUGUCUCAGGAGGAAGUCUGUGACCUGCUCCAUGCUGCGCCCUUCCAGAACAUUCUCCCUCGAGUCUACAUCAAAGAGGGAGAGCGCCUGGAAGUCCGGAUGAAGCGCCUUGAAGCCAAGUAUGCCCCACUGCACCUGGUGCCCCUGAUAGAGCGACUGGGGACGCCGCAGCAAAUUGCCAUCGCUCGGGAAGGCGACCUGCUGACCAAGGAGCGGCUGUGCUGUGGCCUGUCCAUGUUUGAGGUCAUCCUGACCCGCAUUCGGAGCUACCUGCAGGACCCCAUCUGGCGGGGCCCGCCACCCACCAAUGGCGUCAUGCACGUGGAUGAGUGCGUGGAGUUCCACCGGCUGUGGAGUGCCAUGCAGUUCGUCUACUGCAUCCCUGUGGGCACCAAUGAGUUCACAGCUGAGCAGUGUUUUGGCGAUGGCUUGAACUGGGCUGGCUGCUCCAUCAUCGUUCUGUUGGGCCAGCAGCGUCGCUUUGACCUGUUUGACUUCUGUUACCACCUGCUGAAGGUGCAGAGGCAGGACGGGAAGGACGAGAUCAUCAAGAACGUGCCCCUGAAGAAGAUGGCUGACCGAAUCAGGAAGUACCAGAUCUUGAACAAUGAGGUUUUUGCCAUCCUGAACAAAUACAUGAAGUCUGUGGAGACAGACAGCUCCACUGUGGAACACGUGCGCUGCUUCCAGCCACCCAUCCACCAGUCGCUGGCCACCACCUGCUAGGCAGAGGCCCUGCAGAGCCUCGACCUGGAGGUGCGAGGAGAAUCAGGAAAGAAAAAUGAACAGCCUGCAACUGGGUCCAGGGGGGCAGGAUGUGGGACGGGCCCGAAUGCCCCGACCAUGCCUGGGGCUUGGCUUGUGCAUGCUCUCCCAUGACAUCUCCAUGGUGGUCCUUCCAUAGUGUAAAUCAAAACAAAGUAACAGGGCAGCGUGUGCUUUCUUUUCUUUUUUUUUUUUUCCCCCUCAACCAUGUUCAGGAGCCCCUGUUCCACCCUUUCCCACCCUACAGUCCUCCCAUCUGUGGUUGCUCCCCAAGACCUCCUCCCAAGAGGACCUCCAGUCUAGUUCCCACAUACGGCCCCCGGACCAAAGUCUUAGACACAGAGCAAGUGUGGCCAUGCCAGAGAUGUCAUCCUGCCCUCCCCGUGCCUCGUCUCCCUGGCUUCCUUCUCCUCCAGCUCCUUCCCUCUAGUUCCCCUGGCACAUCUCCUCCUUCUACAGACCUUAGAAAUACCACCUCUGCCACCAAGAAUAUGCUUGGGCCAGAGACUGAGAGCCGUGGUUGUCCAGGAAGCAACUCCUGGUUCAUCACGGUAACUGGUGAUACGAGUUCUGGCUUUUCACUGGCUCCCCCUCAAAAACUCCCCUUCUCCGAACCUUCCUAGGGAAGAGUCAGAAAUGCUUUUACAGCUGUUUCCCACUGAGUGGAAUUGGGUGAGGAAGAUAGUGAGGCCUGCUGUGUGGAAGUAGCCUCUGUGAACUCAGCCAGGAAUUCCACAGCCUCAGACAGAGAGCUGUAAACUGUCUCAUCAACUUAAAUGUUCAGCUCUGAGCCCUACAGGGCAAUAGACGUUGAGGGCACAGCAUUGAAAAAGCAGGUCAUAGAGCUCCCACAGCCUCAGCCAGUGACCAAUCUAGUGUCUACUGCUUGGCACGGAAUCUCUCAUUAAGGGAAACUCCCACAGGAAAGAAGAUGGGCUAUCUCAACAGGCACCACAAACAUCCUGGGGACAAGGCGGUGAGGAGUGAAGACAUACCCCCAAAGGGAAGUCUUCUAGUGAACUAGAACUUCCACUGUCCAUUUUGCUCUCUACUUCCUGUUUUCCUAAUGCUCCUCAAGUUAGAUUUUGGGAUCUAUAUUCUCUCACAGGGUUAUAUUUACUUCCAUUUUCCUGACUGAACCAAAAUUCCUCCUCAGAAUCUCAGUCACCAAGUGUGGUGAGAUCUUUAGGAAAAGAGACCUUCAAGAUGCUCGUUACAAUAGAUCAUUUUCAAAGGAGCCUGGCCCUGAGCUUCAAAGAACACAUUAAGUGGAAUGUUUAAUACAUCUUGCCCAGGAAGGAAAGGAAAAGAGAAAAAAAUGGAAAAAAUAGCAGCAACCCAGUCCCCUAGGACAUGAACUGAAAUGGUUACCAUUAACCAGAUGGUUUGUAUUGAACCACAUGAUAAAGGAAAUGUCCAUAGCCAGAAGUUGGUGUGACCCACUUGUGUCAAGUAAGGCCCAAAGGCCACCUUGGUCAGAGCUUCUCCAACAAGCAUACUUGUGUGCAGGUUUUUGGGGGCCCAAAUUGGAGAACCACUACUAUAGAGAAAUCUUUCUGGGUCUUGAGCUACCUCUCGGGCAUGAGAGAAAUUUUGGGGCUGCAUUUUAGGAAGAUGGCUCAGAAGGGAAGUCGGCAGAUUCUGCCCCACACUGCCACUUCCUAUCCUAUUUCUUCUGGUUGGCCCUGGAUGAGUCCCAAAGUCAGCAGAGAGAUGAUGCCGCCUGGAGAAUGACCUGGUAGACCAUGCUAUCAGAACCCAUAUUAAAUCUCUUAAGUUCCAGGACCUUCUGAACCUCCAAUUCUAUCUGGAAACAGUAGCUGGCUCUUUUAGACAGAUGACUAGCUUUUAAUUCUACGUUUCAUUCCAAAUCUUUGACCACUGCUUUGUAGAGAUAGGGACCCUCCAGUUAACGAGAUUGCUGUUUCAGCAAUUCGACCCUCCCACCCUAUAUUCAUAACCCCAAAGUUGACCCUCUGGGAAAAACCACAUUCUCCUCAAGUGAUUCAAUCCCAGCGAAUUGAGGUUUUCACUUUCAAGCGAGCUUUUCAUUUCCUCGGCUCAUCAGUAGCACUUACUUAUGAAAACUGGAUGAGUGUCAUUCUUUCCUCCCUAGUACUGUUACUGACCCCCCACUUUUGAUUUUUUUAUGUGUCUUAAGGAAAAAAGCUCAGAUUUUAAAAACUUUAACAUUCUGUUUGAAAAACUGUUAAAUGUACCAUAUUUGUAUUAAGAGUUGUUGGGGAUUUUUGUACAAUGAAUUCACAUUUAUUUAUGGUGACUUCUAUCUACGCUUGUGAUCAAAUAAUGUUAAAUUCUGAAAUCAUAUUUGCUAUGUAGCUGAAGAUGAUCCUUUGAUUUGUAUUUUGGGGGUACCUGUGUUAAGUAACAUUUUCAUCUCCAUUAAAUCUGCUUCCAAACCGGUCA